CGGGGCGGAGCGGGGACGGGGACGGGCGGUAAUGGGGCGGCUCCGGGCGCUGAGCGCGGCUGCUGCCUCCCCGGCGCAUCCCGCUGCCGAUGCUGCUGAGGGGCCGCACCAGCAGAGAGGACAUUGAUCAGGAGAACCACCACCAUGGCCAAUUUGACGGUCUCCAUUGGGGCUGGGAGGAACUCAUGCACCUUUCACGAGGAGUUCAAGCAGGUCUUGCUACCCCUGGUCUACUCGGUGGUGUUCAUGGUGGGGUUGCCCUUGAACGCCGUGGUCAUUGGGCAGAUCUGGGUGGCCCGUAAGGCGCUGAGCCGCACCAUGAUCUACAUGCUGAAUCUGGCCACGGCUGACCUGCUCUACGUCUGCUCCCUCCCGCUCCUCAUCUACAACUACACCCAGAAGGAUUAUUGGCCUUUUGGGGACUUCACCUGCAAAUUCGUCCGCUUCCAGUUCUACACCAACCUCCAUGGCAGCAUCUUCUUCCUCACCUGCAUCAGCGUCCAGCGGUACCUGGGCAUCUGCCACCCCUUGGCCUCCUGGCACAAGAAGAAGGGAAAGAAGUUGACGUGGCUGGUGUGUGCCGCUGUCUGGUUCAUCGUCAUUGCCCAGUGCUUGCCCACCUUUGUCUUUGCUUCCACUGGCACGCAGAGGAACCGCACCGUCUGCUACGACCUGAGCCCGCCGGAUCGCUCCACCGCCUAUUUCCCCUACGGCAUCACCCUCACCGUCACCGGCUUCCUCCUGCCCUUCGUGGCCAUCCUCGCCUGCUACUGCAGCAUGGCCCGGAUCCUGUGUCAGAAGGACGAGCUGAUAGGCUUGGCGGUGCACAAGAAGAAGGACAAAGCUGUGCGCAUGAUCAUCAUCGUGGUCAUUGUCUUCUCCAUCAGUUUCUUCCCCUUCCACCUCACCAAGACCAUCUACCUGAUCGUCCGUUCCUCGCCCAGCCUGCCCUGCCCGGCUCUGCAGGCGUUUGCCAUCGCCUACAAGUGCACGCGUCCCUUCGCCAGCAUGAACAGUGUCCUUGAUCCCAUCCUCUUCUACUUCACCCAACGCAAGUUUCGCGAGAGCACCCGUUACCUCCUUGACAAGGUGAGCUCCAAAUGGCGGCAGGACCAUUGCGUUACCUACGGCUCCUAGGUGAGGAUGAGGACCACCUUGGUGUCACCAGGCCUGGGCAUGGAGCAAUUUUGGCUUUAGGCUCCACAGAGCAGAUGUGGCUUCAGCUGGGGAUGAGCUGGAGGAAAAAAGGAUGGUAUCUUCUGAACUUUCAGCACUUCCAUCCCAUCUCUAACCUGCAGCGGCACAGCAUUAACACCAUCACAGCACAGAUCCGGUGUCCUCUCUCUGGCUUGGUUGCUCAGUUGAGCAGCUUUGCACCGUGUUUCCUUGGCAGCAAAGCCACCGAUGCAAUAAAAGCCACUAGUGGGACCGUGGAGAACAUGGUGGGACCAUGGAAGAGACAGUCCCUGGCUCAGGGAGAGCUGCUGGGGGACAAUUUCUCCCCAUUCUCAUUUAAAGCUUCCCUGAUGGGGCCAUGCAAAGGCUGGAGAGGGUUUGGUUCAGCUCAUACCUGUCUGGGGAACAUGGGCCUGUGUGUGUCUCCAUCUCAAGAUCAGUGUCACGGACAUUUUUGGGGGUAAUACUGGCCCAAAAUGGGGCCAGACUAGUAAGAGACAUGGGCCUACCAGUACCACUGGUGCCACAAAAUGGUGGGAGAGCAUCCCUGGCCAGACUGGGAACUGGGACAUAAGGGCACAUGGGACAACCGUGCUGGAUUUCUUACCCAAGCGAUGACCAUGGGCUGGAUUAGACACAAGCCAGCAGUGCUGUCACCUGCAUGGGGACCUUCAGCAUCAUCCAAGUCCAGCUCCCCACUUAGCCCAGCACCCCAAAUCUGUCCCAUCCCAGCAUCCUCAGUGUCCUGCUGUCACCUCCUAACCAGGAUCCACCAAAAUCAGAACCGGCACACUUGGACGUGAUGCCAGAGUUGGGAAACCCACGCCACUGAGCUACUUGGUGUCCUUGGUCAUGUCACCGCACGUUCCACCAUUGACUUGGUCACGCCACCAUGUCCACAUUGGGUCGGGGCUUGAGCUUUGCCCCCCACAAACUCCAUCAGGAUGCUGCACCUUCCCAGCAGAGAGGGAUUCGCUUCCAUGGCAUGGAGUGGACGUACCACUAAUCACUCUGCGAGUCUUCUCUAACCUAUAGAAUGUACAGAAUAAACCCUCCCCCCUCUUUCAGGUGGAUAUGUGCACAUAUAGACACCCACUGUGUAUAUGCACAUACAUCACAUCCAAGCAGAGGAAGGCUUGUAGCCCAGCACAGGCUACGUGGUGUGGAUAUUCUCAGCUCUGAAUACAUUAUAUCUAUACAGUGUAUGUAUGUAUAUAUAGUAUACAUAUAUAUAGAUGUAA